AGUCAUAUUUAUACAGCUACUAGCUCAUAGAUUAAUUUAAAAUGACCGACAAUGUAAUGCCGUGACUACUUUAUUAUCAUAUUAUAAAUGUUAAAUGUAAUACAUAUAGUCCAUAAACUGUAUAUAUGCUUUUCUUCUCAUCAUAGUUCUGCCAAAAUUAUUGUCAACAUCACAAAGUAAUGUUAAUGACGAGAGUUUCUUCACCCACAUUCAUCUUGAUACCUAUACUACUGGCUUUGCUCACCUUAUCAGCAGCAACAGCUGAAACAAGAACAUGUAAGAAGGCUAACGAGUUUUGUGGAGGCAUCGCCGGAUUUCAAUGUUGCGAAGGACUGCAGUGCAACCUCGAGGGUGACUUCCCGGACGCAGGUGGCAAAUGCAAGCCAACGAUUACAACAUGUAACAAGUGUGGCCAAUUUUGCGGAGGCAUAGCCGCGUUUCAAUGUUGUGAAGGAUUAGAUUGCGUACUCGAUGGUGAUUAUCCGGAUGCCGGUGGAGUUUGCAGGAAACCGAAACAAAGAUCAUGUCACAAGGCUGGACAAUUUUGCGACGGCUUCACCGGAGUGCAAUGCUGUAAAGGAUUUAUUUGUUUACUUGACAAUGUUAAUAAUCCGGAUGUUGGUGGUAAAUGUAAGCGUGUUCACCACUAAUAAUAGACCAAAUAAAAUUAAUUAAUUGCAUUUGUUGUAAUGUGCUGCUCAUGUAUUACUAGUUUCACAUCUUGUAACACUCUUUUUGUGAUUUUUUUAUGGCUUUAUACAUGAAUUUUAUAAUAAGGUGAUGAUCAUCAUUAGUUGUAUC